CUUGCUCUUGCUGCAUGCUGGUGUGGAGGAUCCUCCCUGCUUCAGAUUUACCAACAGCAUGAAUCAAGAAAAGUUAGCCAAACUUCAGGCUCAGGUCCAGAUAGAGGGCGAGGGUACAGCUCGCAGAAAGAAGAAGGUGGUACACAGAACAGCUACAGCUGAUGACAAAAAGCUCCAAAGUUCUCUUAAAAAGCUGGCUGUGAACAAUAUAGCUGGUAUUGAAGAGGUGAACAUGAUUAAAGAUGAUGGGACAGUUAUUCAUUUCAACAAUCCCAAAGUCCAGGCUUCCCUCUCUGCUAACACCUUUGCAAUUACUGGUCAUGCAGAAGCCAAACCAAUCACAGAAAUGCUUCCUGGAAUAUUAAGUCAGCUUGGUGCUGACAGCUUAACACGCCUUAGGAAGUUAGCUGAACAGUUCCCGCGGCAAGUCUUGGAUAGCAAAGCACCAAAACCAGAAGACAUUGAUGAAGAGGAUGAUGAUGUUCCAGAUCUCGUAGAAAAUUCUGAUGAGGCCUCAAAGAAUGAAGCUAACUAAAAUUUUUUUCUGGUUUUUGGAAGCUGGCAUGGACUAGAUUUAACAAAUCAGCUAUGUGGUUCCAAAGUUUUACAGACACGGAGAACAUCACCUGUUACUAGUUCAAUAAUAUAAAUAUUUUGUAUAUUAAUAAUGCUGUUUAUUCAGCAUUUUUCAGUCAUUUGAUUGUGCUUUUUGCACUUCUUCCCAGAUCUAUUCUCUUGGUCAAACUAUGAAGUACUGGUGCAGUUUGAGGGUGUUUUGGUUUUUGAUUCUGGCUUUUUGUUUUUGUUGGGAUCUUUUUGGUGUAUGUAUGUUUAUGUAUGCGUGUGGGUAUGUGUGUAUACAGUGGAGAGCAAAUUGGAAAACAGUUCUAUUUAUCCUCCUCCUUCCUCCAGUAGAAAACAAAUCU